AUGGCUUACAAUGCUAUCUACGGUCGGCCAUUGCUAAAUGCAGCUAGCGCGGUCCCAUCGACCUACCAUCAAAUUAUGAAGUUCCCAACCAGCAGGGGGAUCGGGAGCGUGCGAGGAGACCAGCAUGCAUCAAGAAAGUGCUAUGUGGAUAGUAUACAAGUCAAAAGCCCACCAUCAGUCAUGAUGCUGGAUGUAGAACUCCCGAGGGAGCGGAUCGAGCCACUUGAUAUGAUUGAAAAAAUCUUUAUUGCCAAAGGAAAGAAGUUUCUCGUUGGAACAGGUCUGGGAUCCGAAGAGAAGGAAAAAUUGGCGAAGUGUCUAGCCGGUAAUUUGGAUGUCUUCGCUUGGAACCCAAAGGAUAUCCCGAGGAUUAGCCCAACUGUCGCGCAGCACCGCCUCGAUGUCCAGCCAGGGGCUAAGCCAGUGAAGCAGAAAAAGAGAAACCUUGCCCCUGAAAGGAGCAACAGAUCAGAGGAUGGUGAACAAGUCUUUCGUGGGCUAAUCGGAGGUGUCGUAGAAGUCUAUGUUGACGAUAUGGUGGUCAAGAGCGCCAGAGCCGAUGACCAUGUGGCCUGUUUGCAGAAAGUGUUUGACGUUGCCCGACAAAACAGAUUAAGGUUUAAUCCAGAGAAGUGUGUUUUUGGUACUGCAGGGGAAAAAUUUCUAGGUUUCAUGAUCACGCAAAGGGGCAUCGAAGUGAACCCGGACAAAAUUUGGGCAAUCCUAGAAAUGAAAAGCCCCACCAGUAGAAAGGAGGUUCAGAGGCUGACGGGGCGAGUAGCGGCCUUAAAUCGUUUCAUGAGCCGGGCGGCGGACAAAUGCUACCACUUCUUCAAAGCUAUAGGGGGCUCCUCCAAUUUUGAGUGGACUCAAGAAUGCGAAGAGUCUCUUAGGAACUUGAAGCAGUCAUUACAAGAGCCCCCGAUCUUGACCAGCCCAUCUCCUGGGAACGUGUUGUGUCUCUACUUGGCAGUAUCACCAAAGGCAGUCAGUACGGUCCUGGUGAAAGAGUUCUCGAAUGCGCAAAAACCAGUCUACUAUGUGAGCCAAGUAUUGAGGGGCACAGAGAUAAGAUACAGCCUGACUGAACAGCUGGUAUUUGCAUUAAUUGUCGCGGUCAGGAAAUUGAGGCCUUACUUUCAGUCUCACACGGUGCAAGUAAUGACUGACCAACCUAUCAAGCAGAUUCUACAUCAGCCCGAGACAUCUGGGAGGUUGUUGAAAUGGGCCAUCGAGUUAAGUGAGUUUGAUAUCGAAUUCAGGCCAAGGACAGCUAUUAAGGCACAGGCUUUAGCAGACUUCAUCGUCGAGCUCACCACCCCGCCCGAGCACCCACCAGGGGAACAUGUAGAUUGGAAAAUUUUUGUUGAUGGAUCUUCAAAUGACGAAGGAUCCGGGACGGGAAUCAUAAUGAUAGGUCCGAAUGAGGAAGAGUUGGAAUACUCACUGCAUUUUGAAUUCCCUACUACAAAUAACGAGGCCGAGUACAAAGCAGUAAUUACGGGUUUGGGAUUGGCAGGCAGACUCGGGGUGACCUCAGUGGAAAUUUGCAGCGACUCUCAGUUGAUAAUCGGGCAAGUGACGGGGAAAUUCGAAGCAAAGGACGGAAAGAUGGUUGCAUAUUUAAUGGAGGUCAAAAACUUGCAGAAGGGGUUCACCAAGUUUAAGAUAACUAAGGUCCCUCGAAAGGACAAUGAGCGAGCGGACGCGCUGGCUAAGCUCGCAUCAGCCAACCCCAGACGACUGCCUCGCACAGCCAGUGUGCAAAUUCUGCAACAACCUAGCAUCCAACACGUAAUCGAUGUUAUGAGUGUAGAGCAUGAGGAAAGUUGGAUAGACCCGUUGUUUGAAUAUCUCACAAAGAAUAAAUUGCCGGAGGAUGCUCUCACAGCAAGAAGGCUAAAAGUUCAGGCAGCCUCAUUUGCCAUCAUCGAUGGGCUACUCUACAAGCGAGGCUUCACAAUGCCAUAUUUGAAGUGUUUGCGACCAACAGAAGCACAGGAGGUGCUAAUCGAAGUACAUGCGAAAAUUUGA